AGCUGAUGAGGAAGUCCGCACCAGCUAUCAACGACCACACAAGCUACUACACAGAGGGAGGAGUCGAGACACGAGUCGCUGCACUGCGUUAAAGCGAUCUCUAGCGCUUCGAAGAGAUUCGUCACGAGGAAGGUUCUUUGUGGCUGCUCGCUCAUACGCAACUGCGCUUCUUCUGUACAACACUCUGAAUGCGCAGAACAUUCCUUUCAUCCAUGAGAUCCGGCAGGUUCGAAUCGCCGGCGGUGGCUGUCGCGGUGAAGCGAAGAAUUGCCUCCUACCUUUGCAAGGCCACCUCACGAACCUCGUGGAAGAAACCAGCGUCGGUCGGCCCCUCGUUCCCAGCUGUCGCGUCUUCCUCCACCUCCGUGCUGUGCGAAGCACGCCGCUGCAAAAGCUAUCACUUCUUCAUGAACCUCGAUGACCCCGAGGCAACCCGCCUGCGUGUGGAGGACGAUCUGGAGCGCCUCGCCAGCGAAGAAAAGAAAGGUACCACGGCCUACCUGCACGGCCUGCUCAACCUCACCCUCAGCCACUAUCAGCGCGAGGACUUCAUCGCGGCGCGCGACCUAGCCGAGUACACGCACACGAAAGCCGUUGCUCACAACUCCAAGUCGUCCUUCCUGUACUUCACCGCGACGACGUGCGCGCGGUGCGGUGAUGCGCUGGCCACCGCGUACGAGGCGCACGUCGAGCAAAUGGCGGAGCAGACGAAGACAUCUGCAGCGCUCACCCCCGCACCCUCUGUUGUCUUCAGCGCAAAGCGCACCAUCGCGAAACUGCGCGCCGAUGCGGCGCGUUACCGCGUCAUCGCCGAUCGCGUUUACCACCGACCGGACAUGGCCUUUAUGCGCGGCAGCGGCGAGGGGGGCGGGCGGCGCCACUGGAACUCGUCUCGGCCGUCUGCAGGCAGUGACACACGACACGCCUGGCAGGACGGUAGCAGCAACAACAGCGUGGAUGAGGAGUACGCGCCGCAUGUCUACGGGGAGCAGUGGCAAAACAGGCGCAAGCGUCCAGAACAUGUGGAGAUGAAGCGCUACUACCAGCGGCAGUACACGCCAUCACCGAGCUCUGCCUCCGAGAAGCGGUGGACCGUGCCGAAAUGA